CAUCUUCUUCCUCUCGGCCCACCAUUCCACCAUUUCCGGCCACCACGAGACUUCUUAUCUUCUCCGCGAAACCACUGCUUUACCAUUCGCGCCUCCACUCUAUAGCCGUGUUAGCACUGCCCCGCCGCUGAACCGCCGUCGUUUCCUCAGAUUGAUUUAUUUGAAGUAAAACAUUGGCGUAACCAUAAGCGGAUGAGACUGAGACACGAAAGAUGUUGAAGGUGGCAGUGCGGUGGAAUUGGAGGCAACUCUAUCCUCUCCCUGUAACUUGCAUUACACACCAAAAACUACGCUCACGAAACCCUUAUCUUCGUAUUCCCAACUCGAAGCUCUUUUGUUCCGCUGCUCUUCAAACAACAUCGUCUCUCAAUGCCGAACUGGACCCAUAUCUCCGCUGUUCCAUGCCACAAAAGCCACUCCGAGUUGCCGUUCUUAUCAGCGGAGGCGUUGACAGCAGUGUUGCUCUGCGACUACUCCAUGCGGCCGGUCAUUCUUGUACUGCUUUCUACCUCAAGAUAUGGUUCCAAGAAGAUUUUGAGAACUUCUGGUCGGAGUGCCCUUGGGAAGAUGAUUUAAAGUAUGCUAAAGAUGUUUGCAAUCAGGUUGAAGUACCAUUAGAAGUUGUUCAUUUGACAGAUGAAUACUGGAAAAACGUGGUUUCUUACAUCAUUGAAGAGUAUCGGUGUGGUCGAACUCCAAACCCGGAUGUUCUUUGCAAUACAAGAAUAAAGUUUGGUGCAUUUUUGGAUGCAAUUGGCGGUAUGGGUUUUGACUAUGUUGCCUCUGGGCAUUAUGCAAAGGUUAUCCACCCAUUUGCAGAUAAGAUGGAUGGCCCUUCUAUUCUUGAACUAUCACAAGACACGGUAAAGGAUCAAACUUACUUCUUAUCACACCUAUCUCAGUCCCAGCUGAAGCGACUUCUUUUUCCACUUGGUUCUAUUCCCAAGGACGAAGUCCGAAGGCUUGCCACAAAAUUUGAUCUACCAAAUAAGGAUAGAAAGGAUUCCCAGGGAAUAUGCUUUUUGGGCAAGAUAAAAUUCAGUGAAUUUGUUGCAAGACAUAUUGGGGAGAAAGAAGGUAUCAUUCUGGAAGCCGAGACAGGAGAUUUCCUGGGCAAGCAUCGGGGCUUCUGGUUUUAUACUAUUGGUCAACGCCAGGGUCUACGGCUACCUGGAGGUCCAUGGUAUGUUGUUGAGAAGGAUGUUAAAAACAAUGUAGUUUUUGUGUCCAGAAACUACUUUUCCUUUGACAAAAGAAGGUGCAUAUUCCGUGUUGGCUCUUUAAAAUGGCUUAGUGGGUUGCCCCCUAGCCAAACAAGUCAGCUUCGAUGCAAGGUGAGACAUGGUCCUGGGUUCUAUGAUUGUAACUUACAAAUGGAACUUGAAGGAGAUAAUGUAAUUGAAUCUGCUGUUGUCCGCAUAUCUGAAGAUGAUCAAGGCCUAGCAGCUGGGCAGUUCACAGCCUUCUAUGAGGGAAGAACAUGCAUUGGAUCUGGUGUGAUUUUGGAGUCCGGGGAUGAUCAAAGUUAUCCUGUAUGCGCAAAAGCUUUAGAAAUUGCAAGAAUGAAAGAUAAAUCAAAGAUUGGGAAUCCAGUUAAGAUAAAAGUUAAACCAGAUAACCCACAAGAAGUUUGUUGUUCCACAUCAUAGGGGAUUAAGAAAUUCUAGAGUUGCUCCCGCAGAACCAAACAUGUAGACUUGGCUAUGUGCAUACAUAUAUACCUGUGAGGAAUUCACUUAUGUAAAAAAUGAUAGAUACCAGUCUCCAUCAGUCCUUUGGAAGGAGGGAUGCUACAUGGUUUUGAAGGGCAAAUGGAUCCUCUACCCCAAGUGAAAGUGAA